CAAGACGAAGAAGACUAGGAAGAUUACUCGCAACGCUGUACUUCAACAUGGCUACAUCCAUUGCAAGAUCUGCCCACGAUAUUGAAACACGAACUCGCACUGGUGAUGUUUUACUAUUAGAGGGGAUAGACUUUAAUUCCUUGCUACUUUCUCCGCUAGUUCUGGAUGGACUCGCGGGCGCCGGAUUCCAGAGGCCGUCUCCAAUUCAGCUCAAAGCCAUUCCUUUGGGCAGAUGUGGAUUAGAUCUGAUUGUGCAAGCCAAGUCUGGUACAGGGAAGACUUGUGUGUUUUCUACUAUCGCCCUGGACUCAUUGGUCCUUGAGAACAGCACCAUACAGGUUCUGGUGUUGGCUCCUACACGUGAGAUUGCUGUGCAGAUCCACGGGGUAGUAAUGGCCAUUGGUAGUGCCAUGGAGGGACUGGAAUGCCAUGUCUUUAUCGGUGGCAGGCCCGUGGGCCAGGACAAGAUUCACCUUAAGAAAUGCCACAUUGCUGUUGGCUCACCUGGACGCAUCAAGCAGCUAAUAGAACUGGGUUUGUUAUCCACGUCCAGUAUCCGUCUGUUUGUAUUGGACGAGGCAGAUAAACUGCUGGAGGAGGGCAGUUUCCAAGACCAAAUUAACUGGAUCUUCUCCUCUUUACCUGUGAACAAACAGAUGUUGGCGCUUUCUGCCACCUAUCCAGAAUCCCUUGCUCAGCAUCUGGCCCGCUACAUGAGAGAGCCCACCUUUGUCAGACUCAACCCCACCGAUCCCGGACUCCUAGGUUUGAAGCAGUACUACCAGCAGGUCAGAUCACAUGUUCUGCCUCACAGGGUGUUUGAGGAGAAAGUUCUACUUCUACUGGACCUGUUCAGCAAAGUGCCCUUCAACCAAGCCUUGGUCUUCUCCAACCUUCACUCCAGGGCUCAGAAUCUGGCUGAUGUCCUUUCUGCCAAAGGCCUGCCUGCCGUCUGCAUCUCAGGUGGUCUGACUCAGGACCAGAGACUGGAGGCCAUGUCUAAAUUGAAGCAGUACCAGUGUCGAGUCCUCAUCUCCACCGACUUGACCUCCAGGGGUAUAGAUGCAGAGAAGGUGAACCUGGUGAUAAACCUGGACGUCCCUCAGGACUGGGAGACCUACAUGCAUCGAGUCGGCCGGGCAGGUCGCUUUGGUACUCAGGGGCUUGCUGUGACCUACUGUUGCUAUGGGGAGGAAGAAAACAAACUGAUGGCCAUUGCUCAGAAGUGCUGCCUCAAUCUGUGUCCUCUUCCAGACCCUAUUGAGCCCGGAUUAAUGCCGGAAUCCUGUGACUGGGAUGUCACCGUGGUAUCCUCUGCAUCACAGGAGGUUCACAGUCAACUGUUCCCCAAAACUCUGAAGAGGAGACAUGCAAAGGCCAAAGCCCCUGCUCCAAAAUCUUUUAGGGACCAGAACCAUAGCCUCACAAUGGGCCAUCUCCCAGCUGGGAACAAAGAUGAUGGAAGUCCCAGAAAGGUCCUUCCUGUCCUGGAUGCCCUACUACCUGCCCCUGUUAGUUCAGCAUUACUUGGGCCCUCACUGGAUCUCGGUCGUAAAGAGCAGCAGGAGGCUUUACCCAAGAUCCCCUCCCUCAGUGCCUUCAAGAGUCAAGGGUCAGAGUCAUUGACCUUCCUGGAAGCAGAGUUAGACUUCCAAAGCUUCAUCAACGAAGGCUUGGGAAGGUCGGUGGAGAUCAUCCGCCAGUUCAGAGGUCAGGGAGAGGACAACGGGUUCAGCAGCCAGCACGGGCACGAGGACUCGCACACACUCCAUGACACCGAUGACUGUGGAUGUGACCGUCCACUCACACACACUCAUACGGUGUUGAGCAGGAAGAACUCGGUUCUACACACAACAAUGCAGCUUCCUGAGUGGAACAGGGCUUCACCGUCAAGAUCAGCCUCAGAUAGCUGUGGCUCUGACAUGGAGGACAAAAGUCAGGCUGAUGAAUUACUGCAAAGCUUAGCUGAUCAGUCUGUAGGUGUCAAACACAGAUGGUUAGACGAGUACAAAGCAAAGCCUGCGUGUCCUAAAACUAAAAGCAACCCCCCACCUCUGCCACAUAAUAGCCACCAGAGAAGGCCCAGAUCAGAGGGGACAGUCUUUGGCACCAAGGAAAGAGAUAUUGAGCCUAUAACGGGUAAGGAUGCAAGCAAGCGGCCCUGGGAGAAUGCUCCAGUCCAGACAGGAGGAGGGCAUAUAGAGAUAUAUUUUAAGGGUGAGACUGUAGGGAGAGUCAAGGAGGCAAAUACAGGGAAAGUACCCAAGAACAGACGGAAAAAGGAGAAGACUAGAGAGAUGGGCACGAUGGGCAGGUGGAUGGGGAUAUUGAGGGUUACUGGGGGGCCCACUACAGAGCCUGGGAAAGAUACUAUGCCUCAAUGUCCCCCACCCAGCAACAGUCUCGCCCUGGCUACCAGUAUAUGACCAUGGCCCAAAGCUGGUUAGCAGCUUAUCGCAUGAACUCUGUGUACAUGGAGGAGCUACUCAAACAUUGACUGACUGAACAAGACUGAGACGGCAAUUGAAGGCUUAUGCUCAGACAGCAAAUACUAACUGAUUUUGAGCUGCAGUUCAUAAACACUAAAUGUCUGCCGAUGCCCCGUGAGAAUGAAGAUUAUGCAAAUCAGUCAGUUUGUUGCUACUGGUAUGUUUCAACCCUUCAUUGCAACCUGUGUCAUGUAUUUAACCUCUAAAUGUUUGCAUUCAAAUAAAUUUAUUUUUGUUUCA